AUGGAGCUCGAUCUCGAUGAUUGGGUCACCAACUCGAACGAGUGCUUCUUCAUCAACCUCUACCGUACCGUCAAUGACGCAAACGAGCCUGCUCGCAUCCUCCAGGAUUCCUUCAACCCCAGCUUCACAUACACCGUAAUCGACGAACAAGAAACUAUCGCCGGCUACAAGAACCCUCGCAUAGACCUCGACUUCCGCGCAAACGACCUCAAGCCGCAGCUAAAGAUACAGUUCGACCAGGAGCUAGACCUCAAGAAGAUCUCUCCCGACCUGACUCAGGUAGAUCUUUCGCCCGAGCUGUUUCGCAAGCACCUGCCCGAAUCCAUCGAUGACAAUGUAGACGCAACAUCAAAGGACUGGAAGCCUCCCGGAGAACGCUUGAAUAGCUUCGAGCUUCACGGAAAGCAGUAUGAGAUAUGGAAGGCGUCCAUGGCCGAUCCUGCUGCUAGGCGCAUCUGGACCAACAUGAAGAUCCUCGUCUUGCUCUUUAUCGAAGGCGCCACAACAGAAGGAUUAGACUAUGAAGACACUUUCGAUCGUUGGUCAAUCUACCUGCUGUACGAGGUUACACCUCUGCAAGACAACGCGUUCUCUCCCUACACUCUAUCCGGAUUCUCCACUUCGUAUCGUUCUUGGAUUUUCCCCACGUUUGACAUCAUGCGUGCCACGAAACAGCUUCCGUCACCGCCGUCAGAAAAGACCAAUGGGGACGCCGGAAAGUACACGCCUCCCCGUCUGACACAGGAUCCCGAGACGUUUGUUUUCAACGAGAAGAUCAACCGACUUGAAACCACUUCGAGAGAGCGCAUAUCACAAUUCCUAAUUCUGCCACCAUAUCAAGGCCAGUCUCUCGGUUCACGACUGUAUGAUACUAUCUUCCAGGAUCUAGUCAGCAAGCCUUUCAUCUACGAAAUCCCCGUCGAAGAUCCAAGCGAGGACUUUGAUGCCAUGCGAGACUACAGCGACAUCACCUACCUGCGCACACUACCCGCUUUUCAGUCACUCUCGGUUGCCUCAACCCUACCUCCAGAGUCACUAAGGAAAGACUCCGCCAUUCCGCGAAAUCAGAUUCUCGGCAACGGCAGCGACUUAGAGGAGCUCCGACACAAAGCCAAGAUCGUAACGAGGCAGUUUUAUAGAAUGGUCGAGCUGCACCUCCUCUCCACGAUUCCUCCAAAUCACCGCAAUAGAGCCCGGAUCACACGCAAAGCCAAGGCUAGCAAUGAAAACGAUCGCAAAUACUACUUUUGGCGACUGGCCUUGAAACAUCGGAUAUACAGCCAAAAUGCCGAUGCCCUAGACCAAAUGGAGGACGCCGCCGAGAAGGUCGAGAAGCUAGAAUCAGCUGUGGAUAGCCAGCAGGAGGAGUUUGAAGAGCGCCUCGAAGGCCUUAAGAAGAGAGCCAACUGGGUAGCAGGCCAAGCCUCGUCAAACGGCGCCAAGAGCCGAAGCAAGCGGAAGCGGGCCAUCAUUGACGACGACGAGGAUGAUGAGUGGGAGGAUAUGGAAAGUGAAUCGGUGGCUAGCUCCAAGCGGACGAGGGCAUAG